AUGGGAAAGCACUUGUCAGUCAACAAGGUCAUCAUCGUUGGCGCCGGGCCAUCGGGAUUACUGCUCGGCAUCCUGUUGGCAAAGGAAGGAGUCAAGGUCCAAAUCCUAGAGGCGUCGGACGACCUCGACAAGAACCCACGUGCCGCUCAUUAUGCUCCUUCGGCUGUCUAUGAGCUGGAACGGGCUGGUGUUCUGGACGAAGUCAAGGCCAAAGGAAUCCAUCCAGAUGCCGUGUGCUGGAGACAUCCAGACGGUUCGUUCAUUGCAGGUAUCAAAAGUCGAUUCGACAUCCCACAUCCCAUGGUCUGUUUGCCUUUGGAUCAACUGGAUGUCAUCCUGCUGCAGCAUUUCGAGGCCCAGCCUACUGCCGAGGUCUUGUGGAAACACAAAGUCGAGUCGAUUGACCAGAACGACAACGAGGCAAGAGUUCAUGUCGACUCCCCCAAUGGGAAACAGACCUUCACUGCGGAUUUCAUUGUCGGAUGUGAUGGCGCCAACAGCCAGAUCAGAAGAUCGCUUUUCGGCGACCUGAACUAUCCUGGAGAGACGUUGCAAUCGCAGAUCAUUGCGACUAACGUAUAUUAUGACUUUACCAAGUUCGGAUAUUGGGACUCGAAUUUCAUCAUUGACGAGAACGACUGGUAUAUGGCGGCCAGAAUCACAAACGAUGGGUUGUGGAGAGUCACGUACGGCGAUGUCUGGGGGCUGUCGACCGAGGAGUAUCUCAAGCGACAACCGGAACGCUUCGAGAAGAUUUUGCCCGGCCAUCCCAAGCCGGAAGACUAUAAGCUCGUCAGCGCCAGUCCCUACAAAUUGCAUCAGAGAUGCGCCGAGUCUUUCCGAGUGGGACGGUUUUUGCUCGCUGCUGAUGCGGCCCAUUUGUGCAACCCCUUUGGCGGUCUAGGUUUGACUGGAGGCAUUGCCGACGUUGGAAGUUUAUUCGAUGCACUCGUUGCCAUGAAGAGUGGAAAGGCCGACAACAGCAUUCUGGACAAGUACAGUGAAGUGCGGAUAGAGAAGUGGCAGAAGAUCAUUGAUCCCAUGUCCCGAGCCAACUUCAAACGUGUGUGCCUUGAUGAGUCAGAAGAAUCGAGGAAGGAGUUUUGGGCACUUUGCAAGAAGAUGGAAGAGGACGAUGAACUUGCUAGACAGAUGUCUCAGGGUACGAAUGUCCUACGCGAGAACUUCAGCGAGUAUAUAACGGCAUGA